UCUCUCAACUCUCUCUCUCAACUCUCUCUCCUUCCCCCAUCUCUUUCUCUCGCGCUCUCUCUCUCUCCUUCCCCCCAUCCCUCUCUCUCUCCCUCUCUCUAACCCUGCUUCCUUCACAUAACUUACAUACGUUGGCCUAGACCUAUCACAGUUCAGUUAGGUUCCCCCAGAUGGGUGCUACGCAGGCUGGGGUGUACCAGAAGUGUUUCUCGGGACAGAGAACUUUGGGUGGUUCCGUUGAACAGUAGGCUAUCUGAGAGACUUUUUACUAUCUAGAUAUUCUCAGGAGAGUGUACUCUCUCUCUCUCUCUCUCUCUCUCUCUCUCUCUCUCUCUCUCUCUCUCUCUCUCUCUCUCUCUCUCUCUCUAUCUCUCUGUGUCUCUCUCUCUGUCUCUCUCUCUGUGCUUUGUGUCACUACGCCUGAGCUCAGUGCUUAGGAUUGUAAAGGACAGAACCAUUGGGUUGUGCAGGCAGUGUCAAACUGUGGGUCUGUAAGGGUUUUGCCUUACUGUGACCGUGGGGUGGAUGGCUGAGCUGGUGAGAGUGAGGAAGAAACACCUCCAGAUGCCUAUCUCCAGGCUGAGGUGUAUGGUCAAACAACUGGAGGAGAAAGACGUGAACUUUGAAGAUCUGAAGAAGAACUUGGACUACACAGCAUCCUUACUGGAGGCAGUUUACAUUGAUGGGACCAGACCGGGUCUGGAUGCAGAGGAUGACCUCCAGAAGCUGCACUCUGAUGGCGUGCCCACAGAGGUUACUGAUUGGCUGGCUUCAACCUUCACUCAGAGGGCCCGCCGCCGCCCUGCCCGCCGCUCCGACGACAAACCAAAGUUCCGCAGCAUCGUCCACGCAGUGCAGGCUGGGAUAUUCGUUGAGAGGAUGUUCAGAAGGGCCUACACUGCUGCCAUGCCUGACCAACCUGCAGCAGUAGUUAACUGUCUCCGGGACAUCGACCGGUGGAACUUUGAUGUGUUUGCCCUGAACACUGUCUGCCAUGACCGCGCACUACAGACCCUGUUCCUGGAGCUGGUCACACGAUACGGACUCAACAGCAGAUUCAAGAUCCCCAUCUCCUGUCUGAUGUCCUUCAUGGAGAAGCUGGAGAAAGGCUACAGUAAACACAACAACCCCUACCACAGCAGUGUCCACGCAGCCGACGUCACACAAACCCUCCACUGUCUGCUCCUCCGUACAGGACUAGUGCACUGGUUGACUGGACUGGAGGUCCUGGCGUCACUGUUUGCUGCGGCCAUCCAUGACUACGAACACACUGGAACUACAAACAACUUCCACAUUCACACAAAGUCAGACUUUGCUAUGAUCUACAACGACCGGUCAGUCCAGGAGAGCCACCACAUCAGUGCUGCGUUCCGUCUUCUCCAAGACGACCAGUCCAACAUCUUCAUGAACCUCUCCAGGGAAGAGUGGAUGGAGCUGCGAGCGCUGGUGAUAGAGAUGGUGUUGGCUACAGACAUGUCGUCUCACCUCGUCCAGGUCAAAGCCAUUAAGGGGUGUCUGCAGCAGCACGAAGGCAUAGACAAACCCAAAGCCCUGUCCCUACUACUGCACACUGCAGACAUCAGCCAUCCCUCCAAGCCCUGGGGUCUGCACUCUCGCUGGACCAAAGCCCUCAUGGAAGAGUUCUUCAGACAGGGUGACAGAGAGGCAGAACUAGGUCUUCCUUUCUCUCCACUGUGUGAUCGGAACAGCACCCUAGUUGCAGAGUCGCAGAUAGGUUUCAUAGACUUCAUAGUAGACCCUACGUUCUCCCUACUGACUGACAUGGCUGAGAAGAUAGUAAUUCCCCUGGUGGAAGACAACCCAGGCCCACCAGACCCCUGCAAUCGGCAUAGUAAUCUGUGGAAGGAGAGUUCCAGAGGACUACAGUGGAGCCUGGCUCACUUCACCUCAGAACUGGUCACCUUCAGAUCCACCUGGACACGACACACAGAAGACAACAAGUUCAAAUGGAAGGAGAGCGGCUCUAAUGGAAUCUUGGAUCAGAACCUGACGAAGGAGCCGCCGACUGGGGGAGAGGAACUGUUCUAACGUUGUAAUGAUGCUCAACAGCAGAGAGGCCCUCUCGUAUCGUACGAUGCCAAUGGAAACCAUAUGGAAACCAUAGUCAUUUAAAGAGGGUUGAAAUAAACAUGCUGGUCAUGUUACUUGCUAAUUACCAAAUAUGUUUUCACCCAAACACAUUGUUUAACCAGUUAGGAAAAACAUUGAUGAAGAAACUGAACAAAGAACAUAUGUGUAGCAUGGGUAACAGGGGUAACAUGGGUAGCAGGGGUACCAUGGGUAUCAGGGGUAAC